UCUUAGAAAUAGCUAUCGUGCGCAGGCAAAAAAUGGCACUCGUGAGAAUUGUCUUCCUUCGGUCUCUCUCAUCGCUUGGGGUUCUUUAGAAGGUCAAAAUUAUCCAUUAUCUUUCAGUUAAGGUGCUAUUGCUCGUUUGUUCUCUUCAAUUUGCAAGAUAUUUUCCCAUCUCUGUUCAAAUUUCAUGGUCCUCUGUGUUUAACAUGCCGUAAUUUCAUCACAGAUACGACCGAUUUUUGUUUCUUCGAAUUUAGGGUUUCCCUCGGCUCCAAUGUAGUCGGCGUCUACAAUAGAUUUACGAGCUGCGACUUUUCUGCUCUUUCUCAACUUAUGGUGGCACUGGCCGUCGUCGGAACUUUGAUUUCUGUUUCCAAUGGGUGGCGUCGAAAUACCCAAGUGGCUAAAAGGGUUGCCUUUCGCGCCGGAGUUUCGCCCGACCGAUACCGAAUUCGCCGACCCCAUUGCCUACAUAUCCAAAAUUGAAAAGGAAGCUAGUGCUUUUGGGAUUUGUAAGAUUAUCCCUCCAUUUCCCAAGCCUUCCAAGAAAUAUGUCAUUAGUAACUUGAACAAAUCGCUUUCGAGGUCCACGGAGUUGAGUCCCCCAAAUGUCUGUCCUUCAUCCAAGUUGGGUUCUGCAGAUGGUGCAAACGAGGGAGAGGUUCGGGCGGUUUUUACGACCAGACACCAGGAGUUGGGUCAGAGCGUGAAGAAAACAAAAGGGGUAGUUCAGAAUCCGCAGUUCGGAGUUCACAAGCAAGUAUGGCAAAGUGGGGAGAAAUAUACAUUGGAGAAAUUCGAGUCUAAGUCUAAGGUUUUUGCUCGUAGCGUGUUAAGUGGGAUUAAGGAGCCCUCUCCUCUGGUUGUAGAAUCAUUGUUUUGGAAGGCAGCUUCUGGUAAACCCAUUUAUAUAGAGUACGCAAAUGAUGUGCCGGGAUCUGCUUUUGGAGAACCCCGGGGAAAAUUUCGUUAUUUCCAUAGGAGGAGGAGGAAGAGAAACUAUUAUCACCGAAGUAAAGAACGGUCUUCUGAACUUAGGACUGGAGAAAUGGGAACUUUAACGGAUUCCCUUUCUUUGGACAGUGCAGGCACUUCCCCAAGGAAUGAUCUGAACACAAGUUCAGAGAUUUUAAAGGCAUCUACUUCCACUGUUCCCUCGGAGGACACUUCACACAACUCAAGAGGAAAGAGUUCAGAUUCUUGUAUUAACAUGGAAGGGACGGCAGGUUGGAGGCUUUCAAAUAGCCCUUGGAACUUGCAAGUAAUUGCACGGUCGCCAGGUUCUCUUACGCGGUACAUGCCAGAUGACAUUCCAGGCGUUACUUCUCCGAUGGUUUACAUUGGCAUGUUGUUCAGUUGGUUUGCUUGGCAUGUUGAAGAUCACGAGCUGCAUAGCAUGAAUUUCCUUCACGUAGGCUCUCCAAAAACUUGGUACUCCAUUCCUGGAGAUCAUGCAUUUGCUUUUGAAGAAGUAGUACGAACUCAGGCUUAUGGUGGUAGUGUCGACCACCUAGCUGCUCUUACAUUACUGGGUGAAAAGACUACACUUCUAUCUCCCGAGACUGUGAUUGCAUCAGGUAUUCCUUGUUGUAGGUUAAUCCAGAAUCCAGGAGAAUUUGUUGUCACCUUUCCAAGGGCUUACCAUGUUGGGUUCAGUCAUGGCUUUAACUGUGGGGAGGCUGCUAAUUUUGGGACUCCACAAUGGCUCAGUGUAGCCAAGGAUGCCGCAGUUCGCAGAGCUGCAAUGAAUUACCUUCCUAUGCUUUCUCAUCAGCAACUCCUUUACCUUUUAACAAUGUCCUUUGUUUCAAGAGUUCCUAGAUCCUUACUUCCAGGUGUCCGGAGUUCACGACUUAGAGACCGGCAAAAGGAAGAGAGAGAAUUUAUGGUUAAGAAAGGGUUUGUUGAGGAUAUUUUAAGAGAAAAUAAUAUGUUGUCUGUUCUUUUAGAAAAAGAAUCAAGUUGUCGGGCAGUGUUGUGGAAUCCAGACAUGCUUCCAUAUUCAAGUAAUUCUCAAGUGGCUACAAAUUCUGCAGUUGCAACCUCGCGGAAAGAGAAUAUUUCAUGCAACCAUACUGAAAGUAUUGAUGGCAAUGACAAGAAUAUGCAGAAUUUCAUGGAUGAGAUGACCUUGGAUUUAGAUACAGUGAAUGAUAUUUACUUGGAAAGCGAUGAUUUGUCAUGUGACUUCCAAGUGGAUUCUGGGACAUUGGCGUGUGUGGCCUGUGGUAUUCUCGGUUUUCCAUUUAUGUCUGUGGUACAGCCCUCAGAGAAGGCGGCAAGGGAACUUUCUGCAGAUAAUCUUUCUAUUCAUAAAAGGGGAGGAGUUUUUGGACCAAAGGAUGCUCAUGACUCUCCAGACUUUGGUGGCACUCAUCCAGAAGAUUCCACUUCUGUACCUGAUGUUAAUUGUCUCUCAAAGAAUCUUUCAGUAGCAUCAAUUCCCAAGUUUGACAAAGGGUGGAGCACGUUUGGUAAAUUUCUGAGACCUCGAAGUUUUUGCUUGCAGCAUGCUGUGGACAUAAUAGAGUUACUGAAGAAUAAAGGUGGAGCGAAUAUACUUGUUAUUUGCCAUUCAGAUUAUCACAAAAUAAAGGCAAAUGCCGUGGCCAUAGCAGAGGAAAUUGGGAACCAUUUUGUUUACAAUGAGGUUCGAUUGGAUAUCGCAUCUGAGGAGGAUCUGAGAUUAAUAGAUCUUGCAGUUGAUGUAGAACGCAAUGAAUGUCGAGAAGACUGGACCUCUAGAUUGGGAAUCAACUUGCGGCACUGUGUUAAGGUUAGAAAAAGCUCCCCAACAAAGCAAGUCCAGCACGCUUUGGAAUUGGGUGGUUUGUUCCUCAACAGAAACCAUGGAUUUGAUCUCUCCCCUAUCAAUUGGCCAUCUAAAAAAUCACGCUCGAAGAAGAUAAGUCGUCCGAGGUAUUACAAACCCUUCCAGAGCAUGCCACUUAAGGAUGAAGUUUUGGGGAAAAGGUCUGAUUGCAAAAUAGCGAAAAGAGAAGAAAAGGUUUUCCAGUACUACAGAAGGAACAAGAAAUCAGGCAAUUCUAAAGGAGUUGGUUCUGCUACACAACCAGUUAGCAGUGGAGAUUCAAUCGACCUAUGUAAUAUGAGGACUUUCAGAAGCAAUACAUCAGAGUUGGCUAUUCCUGGUCCAAUUGGGACAACCAAUCAGCAGAAUGCAGUGCUUCAAGAUCGUGGAAAUACAAAUUCAGACCCUGCCUCUUCAAUGGUAGCUGAUUCCAUCUGUGCUGUAGUAGGUAGGAUGACUGAGCCCCGGAUUGAGAACUGUACCCCGGAAGUUGUUGAUGUUAAUGGUGAAUCUUGUCAUUUACCAGUGGAUACUUCUGGGAUGCAGCAGAAGAUCAUGACCACAUCAGACACGAGUGAGCCAAAUGAAAAAGCUGUACUACCAAGUUUUACUUGUCCACAUGUCAACGCCAUCAAUGAAUCGGAAAUGCAUAAAGAGCAAGAAAUUGUGGGAAGUUGCAAUAAUACGAAUCAGGUGUGCGAUAUUGCUUCUGAGGGGCAAUCGCAUGCCCUAGCUGAUGUGGGCUUGGAUGAAACUAGUUCCAUCCAUUUUGAGAGUUCUAAAGUUAUGAUGGACAAUGCAGAUGUUAGGAAUUUGAAUUGUGAAGCUUGUGAUGGCACAACUAAGGAUGACGAUGCGGAGCAAGAAAUUGAGAUUGCUAACAGACUAAAAGAUGUGGAGGAAGAUUCUUGUAGUUUAAUCCCAAUAAAGCAGCAGCAUUGUGUAGCUACUGAAUGCGACAGCCAAUUGGGUCAUUUAGAAGAUAGAAUAGAACAAGAAAUGGAGCCUACAUGUAGAAGCAACGAGAGUGAACCCAUUUUAGUGAAUACUGGAACAGCGAGUGCUGCAACUUCUCACUCGAGGGAUGAGAAUUCUGAAGUUCCAGGGGUGGGUUGUGAAGCCCCCAAUUUGUGCAAUGCUGUAACAUCAGUUGAUUUAGUAAAUAAUUGCCAGAUUGAUGCGGAUGUUGAAACUCAAUCAGUUUCUGGUGUUGUGGUACAAUCGAAAACUCAACAGUCAUCAUGUUUAGCAGAUGAAAGAUCUUUUGAAAAUCUUGGAAGCCAGGAAGAUAAAGAGCACCUUUCUGACAUCGAGAUGCGUACUGAACCUAGAUCUCUGGUGAAUGAACCUGGCUCCAACUCUUGCAUACUAGGGGAAGGUAGGCCCAUGGAUGUUGAAGCUAGUGGAAAGGAGGCCUGUGAUAGAGAGAACUUGACUGGUGGAAUGACACCAGAUGAUGCCAUGGAAUGUGCAAAUAUGAGUGGAAAUCAGCAUGUUGACGAUCCUUCUCCGAUUACAUUGGAGACCCAUGAUGUGGCUGAAAUCUGUUCAUCGAAGCACAAUGAGCAAGGCAAAAACACGAGGAAUUUAAAAUCAAACCCAAGCUCAGAUGUGGAAAAGCGAAGAAAAAGAAAGAGAGAGGAGGAGCUUAUAAUCGAAAAUGGGUUCAGUUCCUGUGAUUUUAUAAGAAGUCCAUGCGAGGGGUUGAGACCAAGGGUUGGGAAGAAUUUGACUAGCAGAACUGGUGCUGAUGUUGUAUCAGUACAGGAAAAACCAGAGAGAGAGAGAGUCAGAAAACUGCCCGACGCGCUUUCUCCAAAGCGUAAGAAAGAAAUUAGAAAAGGGUCUUUCAAAUGUGACCUUGAAGGCUGCCGCAUGAGUUUCGAGACGAGGGCAGAACUAGCCUUGCACAAACGCAACCAGUGCCCACAUGAAGGAUGUGGAAAGAGAUUCAGCUCUCACAAGUAUGCAAUGCUUCACCAGCGCGUGCACGAUGAUGAUAGACCUCUGAAGUGCCCAUGGAAAGGUUGUUCCAUGUCAUUCAAGUGGGCAUGGGCCAGGACGGAGCAUAUCCGGGUGCACACAGGGGAGCGGCCAUACAAGUGCAAGGUAGAAGGCUGUGGUCUGUCUUUCAGGUUUGUGUCAGAUUAUAGUCGACAUAGACGAAAAACCGGGCAUUACAUUGACCAACCCGUCUGAAAAUUGUUCAGGCCGGUCUCGGUUUGUUUCGAUAGAAGCGAGUGGGAUAUCUGUUGUAGUGUUGUACGUCUAAAAUUAGGUUCACUGAUAGUUGUGUAGCGAUCGUAAAACUUGUUUAUUUAGAGAUUUGUAUAGUUUGGUGAAAGUUAACUGAUGAUAUCUCUGGGUGGAAUGGAAGAAAACAGAAAAAGGAUGUUAUGGAGACUUGUAGCAUCCUUAAGCAGUGGAUUGGAUUGGAUUGGCUCUGCUCUCCUUUAUUUUUUGUUGCAAAUGUGGAGAGAAUUUGUUUCUUGUAAAGAGAGAUGUUGUUGGAAGACUUCCAUCUUCAAAACACAUGAGAUUACUUGAUACUUUUCAAGUCAUCUUGCUUCCAAAA